AUGGGCCCUCCCCAAGGCUGGAAUUCAGACCCUGCUGAGGAGGAUGUAGUUCAGCCCACUGGGCAGCGGAGAAGAUCACUGUAUGUCACAUUCCUUGCCCCUUCAAUUUUGGUUCACUCUAACUUACCCAUUUCCCUCUGCCACUGGGACACCUCCACAAAGUUCCCAUACCCUAAAACAUCACCGAGCCUGUUAAAGUCACCAACAGAGACUGAGCUGAGAAUAAAGGGGAUCAUGGAGAAACUAGACCAGCUGACCCCACCCAGACCCUUCACCCACGUGAGCUCCACCACCAGCGCCACACACAGCAAAGCCACCCUCCUCAGCCCUCAAGACACAUACUGCAGGGGGGAUCAGCUAGACGUCCUGCUGGAGGUGAGGGACCACUUGGGACUCAGGAAGGAAUACGGCGGGGAUUUCCUGAGGGCCAGGAUGUCCUCCCCAGCCCUGAAGGCAGGCGCUUCGGGAAAGGUGACAGACUUCAACAAUGGCACCUACCUUGUCAGCUUCACCCUGUUCUGGGAGGGCCGGGUGUCUCUAUCUCUCCUGCUCAUCCUCCCCAGUAAGGAAGGCGUGCCGGCUCUCUGGAGGGCAAGGAACCAAGGCUAUGACAGGGUGAUCUUCACAGGCCAGUUUGCCAGUGGCACCUCCCAUGUCAAUACUGAUUGCGCCCUGGUUUUAAAUUCAAGUGCUGAACUGUGUGAGAACCUGGAUACUCGUGUCCAAGAAUUCUACUUUCUACCUCAACACAUACUCUGUGAGGCCCUGACUGACAGGACCACCAGGAAUGGAGAAAUUUCUUAUCUUACUGUCAAGGAAGAAGCCUUUUUUCACAGGUCCAGUAUAGGAGUUGAAAUGAUGAAACAUCGUAACCACAUUGAUGUCUCCUGAUAUAACAAAUUGGAAAGAAUCAGUGCUCACAUUCUUUAACCUUCAACUCAAUUCUGCAAUCUGGGCUACAUUAUCUCUGCCAAAUGAUCAUCUUCUCCCUGCAAUAAAAGACUAAACUGCUCUACAUGAAAUAAGAUGAAAAAUGUGGGGAUAUUUUUUCCUGAAGAAGAGGAAGAAAAGAAAGGUAAAAAGAAUAAGUUGAAAUUAAAAAGCAAAUAGCAAAUGGGGUGGGGAGGAUUGCAACAAGGGAUGAUAUCAUCCUAAAUACAUAAAUAGGUUUUAAAAAUUAAUUAAAAGAAAAACUUUGCUUCUACAAUACAAAAUUACAUGAACAAUUCACACAGAAUGACAAUUGGACAAUGUAUGGAUAAAAAAGUUAAACCUUAAUAAUACAGAAUAAAAUAUAAGUGAAAGAUACAUAUAAUUCAAAUUGCUAAAAAUUAUUUUUGAAAGAUAUUAUUCAAUACCACUCACCAAGGGACAAGGAAAUGGGCACUCACAUACAUUGCUGAAGGUAGUCUAAAUUGACACUAAACAAUAUGUUAAAACACAAAAUAUCAUAGUCUAUCCUGUAAUAUCAUUAUGGUUACGGUACUAAGAAACCUCAGCUUAACAAAAAUAGAGAUAUCAAAAUCAAGGCUAUAAUGGGGAAAGAGAGGAAUGGACUAGAGAGUUUCAGAACUGCAAUACCAAAAUUAUUUUCACUGCAUGAAAC